CUUGCUGCUCACAUGCCUGCACGGACUCAGGGCUACCAGUGGAAUCUGGUUUACAGCACAGCCGUCCAUGGAAGCAGCCUGAAGACACUUUAUAGAAAUAUGGCUGAUCUGCAGAGCCCCGUGCUGCUGGUCAUCAAGGACAUGCACAAUAAGGUGUUCGGGGCUUUUUCUUCUGAUCCCUUCAGAGUCAGUAAAUAUUGCUACGGCACCGGAGAGACCUUUCUGUUCAGCUUCAACCCUGACUUCCAGCAAUACACCUGGAGUGGUGAGAACUCCUACUUUGUGAGCGGCAACUGGGAAUCUCUGCAGAUUGGUGGAGGAGGAGGUGGCUUUGCCCUGUGGCUGGAUGCUGAUUUGUACCAUGGAGCAAGUUUCUCCUGCCCUACUUUUCACAACGCACCUCUGUCCACACAUGAAGACUUCAUUGUACAAGACAUUGAAGUCUGGACUGUCCGGAACUGAAGGACAUCGAAGCUGUCCUGUCUGGAGUCUCUAAACUUUAAGAACUAAACGCAGUUUAACCACUGCGUUAUCCUGUCCUGUCUGCUGUCACCUCUGCCCCUGCAGAUUAGUCCUCGCAGAGCACCAAGCUUAUCGGACUGGUUCUCAGACUGAGAUUUCUGCUUGGUUAAGUUGUAACUUUAAAAAAAAGGAAGGCCAAAAAGAAGUCCUGUGAUUCAGGUUCCUGCUGCUCUGAAACUACUGGAUAUUUAUAUUUGAGCUACCUGUGUUGUCCUUUAGAGAGUCAUGGCACAAAGUUUACUGUAAAAGAUGCAGAAACUAUAAGCUCCUUUCAGGCAUUAACAUUUUGUUUUAUUGUAUUUAUUGUUCAACAGGCAGAUAUAUUUGUCAAAUUUAUGAUUUGUGCUUUUUAUAUUUUGAUGUAUGUGUGUUUAAGUAUGCCUUUGUUCUCGAGUUAAAUGAACUAGUUUUUUUAUUUUACACUGUAAAAACGUCUUUUAUAAGAGUUUUGGUUUGAACCCCAACUCCAUUUAAAAACUACAUCAGGAAGUGAAAACCAAACCAAACAGGAAAAACAAAGCAGAGUUACACUGCAGACAGUUUUCUGUAAAAAAAAAAAGGUGAUGAGGGUGUGACCACAACAGUUUAACCGUCUGUGUGUAACUAGAUCUGUGUGCCUGUUUGAAAUACUGAGUUCAAAAGUUUAAUGAACAUUUUUAAAUGUGUCAUUAUUUUUGUAUUUCCUAAAUAUUUUAAAAUAUACUUUUUUUCUAAAAGUAAAACGAGCAAAAGAAAUGUUUUUAUGUUUGUUUUUGAUUUUCUUGUAUAUUUGUGCAGAUCAGAAAGUUUGGGUCAGUGCUGGCACUGCCUUUGUUUAUUUUGAGGAAUAAAAACCAUUUUUCCUUUUACAAAA